AUGAAAAAUGAAGAUCGUACAUGGAUGAAUAAUAGAUUUUAUCCUAACCAUGCGGGGUUAAGGGAGGAAUAUAAAAAUGGAGUACCUGAAUUUAUUGCUAAAAAUCCAGCUAUUACACUUAAUGAUUUUCUUACUGAAGGAACAAUUAGGUGUCGUUGUAGGAAUUGCAAGUGUUGCAAGUUAUUGAGUCCAGAUGUUGUUACAUUACAUCUUUAUAAGAAAGGUUUUAUGUUGAAUUAUACUGUGUGGACAGCUCAUGGAGAGAGUAGUGCUGCUAAUAAUUUUACCUUUCAAAAUUAUGUUGAAAGUCCAAUAAGAAAGAAUAAUGUUGAAAGUUCACAAUAUAGUGAGAUAGUCAGGAAUGCUUUUGGAACACACUCAGGGGCUCAAAAUGAACCAAAUAAUGAGGCUAAGCACCUUUAUGAACAGUUAAAGGAAGUUAGUCAUCCAUUGUAUGAAGGAUCAGUGCAUUCUAAGUUAUCCAUUGUCGUUCAGUUACUAAGUAUUAAGUCAGAUUAUUUUAUUUCUCAAGAGGGUAUGAAUUCUAUCAUUGGACUUAUGAAUGAACUUAAUCCAAAUAAACUUGACUUUUCCAAAGAUUUCUACACAACAAAGAAGUUGGUUUCUAAGUUAGGACUUUCAUCAGAGAGGAUUCACUGUUGCGAGAAAGGUUGCAUGUUAUUCUAUAAGGAAGAUGCAAAUUUAGAACAUUGCAAAUUUUAUAAUCAUCUUCGUUAUGAGGAAGUCACACAUGCCAAAGGGAAGAAGGUUUCUGUGAAGUCAAUGCAUUACUUACCCCUUAUACCAUGGUUAAAGAGGUUGUAUGCAUCAAUGAGCUCUGUCACUCUUAUGAGAUGGCACUAUGAAAAUAAAAGACCACCUGGUGUUCUAUGUCAUCCGUCAGAUGGAGAAGCAUGGAAGUAUUUUGAUAGUCCAUUGAUUGAUGACUUGAACUUAUUGUGGCAUAAAGGUGUGGAAGCAUAUGAUGUAUCAAUGAAACAAAACUUUAGAUUGCGUGCUACUUUGAUGUGGACUAUAAAUGAUUUUCCUGCUUAUGAAAUGAUGUCUGGGUGGUCCACUGCGGGCAAGUUAGCUUGCUCUUGUUGUAUGGAAAACACAAAAGCAUUCACUUUGAAACAUGGGGGUAAAAACUCAUGGUUUGACUGUCACCGUCGAUUCUUACCAAUGCAAUAUGAGUUUAAAAGAAAUACUAGUGAUUUUAUGAAGAAUAAGACUGAUUUUGAGGAGCCAUCGUCAAUUUUAUCGCAAGAAGAAAUUUGA